AAACUACGGGUUGAAUAAAUCUUUUUCACUUAUCAAAGUCCAUCUCUAGCCGUGUCACCGUUGCUUACUCUACGUCCUAGCUAACUGCAGUAGCUCCAACAGUACCUACAUACAAAACACAUCUCUAAUCCUCACUCCUCCCCCCAUCACCAUCACCACACUCGGUAAAUACAAACAGACAUACAAAUAAGAUGUGGGACUACGACUACGUUUCGCUCACCGACGAGCAGAAGCUCCUGCGGCGCGCACAGCUGGACUGGGCCGGCUACUACGUGAUCCUCUCGCAGCUGCUCGUUGGCGUGCUCGUGGGCUUAUACCGCAACACUAGCGGCGGGAGUGGCGGCGGGAGGUUGCGCAGGCUGAUGUGGAAAUUGUACGAUCCCAUCUCGCUGCGCUAUCCGAAGCUUAGGUGCUGGCGGGACUGGCUGGUUGUCGCCGCGUGGACCGGCUGGUGUAUGUCACUCGUUGUGGUUAAUACCGGGAAUGACUACUUCCACCUAACCAAAUCCCUCGGCACCGUGGCGGCAGCGAACCUGCCACUGCACUUCCUGCUGGCGAUGAAGCGCUCGCCGCUGCGCUGGCUGUUCGGGCUGUCGUACGAGGGCCAGGCAAACUUCUUGCACCGCUGGCUGGGGCGGAUCAUCAACCUCCUGCUGUACACGCAUGCGGCGCUGUACCUCGACUUUUUCUGGCGGGCGGGGAAGAUGAACACAAGGUUUCUGGAGGGAGACGUGCUCUGCGGCGUCGGCGCGGUGGGCGUGCUGUUCGCGAUCGGCCUCUCGGCGAACCACACCAUCCGCCACCGCUGGUACCGUACAUUCUACCUCCUGCACAUAACGCUAGCACCCCUUCUCUUCCCCCUGCUAUACCUACACGUCUCCCACCUGCGCCCCUACCUCCUCUGCAGCAUCUUCCUCUUCACCGUGGACCAAGCCCUAAAAUACCACUUACGCAUCCAGGCGCUCGCCAGCAUAACCACCCCCUCCCCCGGCCUCCUGCUAAUAACCGGCACGCUCCCCUCCGCCCCGCCCACCCCUCCACCCCCGGGAUCGCACUGCCAGCUCCUCCACGCACAAAGCAGCUUUUGGGGGGCGAAUCCAUUCACCAUCCUCCCCAGUAGUAGUAACAGCAGCGGCGGCGGCGGAAAGCAGAUCCGCCUCAUAGCCCGUGUCCGCGGCGGGACGACGAGGCGCCUCGCCGCACUCGCCCUCCGCACCACUGCCAAUGGAAGGCCUGUGCAGGUGACGAUUGAUAUGCCAUUCGGCCCGACCACGCCGAGGCUGGACAGCUUCGACGACGUGGAUAACGUGUUGUUCAUCGCGGGCGGCGUGGGCGCUACGUUUGCUGUGGGGUGGGUGGUGCGGCUGCUGCAGCUCUCCACCACCAGCAACAGGGAGGGCGAGUGGGGGAGAGGGAAGGUGCGGUUCAUAUGGGCCGUCAAAUCACCCGCCGAAGCGGCGUGGGCGCUGGAGUACCCCGGGGUCGCGGGGUGCGUGGAGUUGUUUAUCACCAAUCCCACUGGCACCGCCGCCACAAGUGAUGUCCAUGGGGACGAGGAGGGCGUGGAGAUGACGGAAGGCCUGCUCUCCUCCACUGCGGCAACGGCGGGGGAUGGUGCGGGGGAUGGUACGGGUGAUGGUACGGCGGACGGCGCCCUCGACGCGCUGGUACGGCUGGGGCUGGAUAGGCACCGGAUUGAGCGCGGAAGACCGAACUUGGCGAAGAUGGUUGGUGAGACGGUUUUGCGCGCUGGCGAGGGGGGCGGGGGGAGCGGGGGGAACGGGGGGAGUACCGCGGUAAUGGUGUGUGCGCCUGCUGCUAUGGCGGCGGUGGUAAAGAGGGCGGUUGCGAGACAGGGCAUGCACGGGAGAGAUGUGUCGAUUCAUGUUGAGGAGUUUGGGCAUUGAUUCGUGGUUUGGGCUUUGGGGAGGGGGUAGGUAAAUAGUGAUAUCCCAUGGAGUAAUUAGUGGUUUGAUGUACAUUAGGUAUUGUGUGGUAGUCAAUGGAUAGCAAGUGUGUGCGCGCGUGUGUAUAUUUAUAUUCGAGAAAAAC